AUGACAUCACGUCAGGUCCUGGACAUUGCGAACUCAACCGCCAGGACCACCGCGAACAAGAAGCUAGUCCGCGCGCUAGAAUACAUGUCACAGUUCGACAUCAAAAUCGUGCACAAGCCGGGAAAGGAUCAUCUGGUACCGGAUGCACUCAGCAGACUGGCAUCCACGGACAACACCCCACCGCACCGGUCAGGCGGGCUGGACCAAUUCCCGGAUGACAGGGAGUGCAACGCAUUUCUCGCGGACACGGGAGGACAUCAUGUCCACCUCCCACCAAUGAGACUCACGCCACCGGCUGAACCACGUGAAAUUGCCGGCAUCCCGUUGGAGCAGACAGCACGACAGCCUACCGUCACUAUGAUCCACAUGGAUCCGGAUUUCAAGCGACGCAUCCAGCGCGGAUAUGAUGAAGAUCCAGUCUGGAGAAAGAUCAAAUCGACGCUGCAGACGAACAUUGCCAUUCAACAGGACGAUCCGGACAACGCAGCAAUUUUACCCUUCCACAUCCAGGAUGGACUCAUCUGGAAGACCCCAGCGGAUCGACAGGAAACCCGACUGUGCAUCCCGAGAACCUGCAUCCAAGACAUCUUCGAGUCAAUCCACAAUGGCGGCCACCAUGGAUACGCCAGGAUCUCGGAAUUUCUUGCUGACUACUGCAUCCACAAUGGACUGAAGCAACUGCGAGCCUACCUCAGCCACUGUCCACAGUGCAAGAUCUUUCAGAUCCGCCGACACAGAGCAUACGGCAACCUACAACCCAUCCUCCUACCACCUUGCCCAUACUACAUGAUCUCCAUCGAUUUCAUGUUGGCGUUGCCGAAGUCCAGGGUCGGGCAGCUCGAUGCCGCACUCGUAGCAGUGGACAAACUGUCAAAGGAAGUGCAGAUCAUGCUCGGCAAAUCGACUGACAAUGCCAUCGCCUGGGCAAAAACACUACAUCGUCGUCUACUCACAGCAAACUGGGGAUACCCCAAGGUCAUUCUCAGCGACCACGGACAAACGGAGCGCACAAUUCAGACCAUCGGAUCGGCCCUCAGGCACUACAUCCACUCACUGGAAUCUCCGGAGGAUUGGCCGGAAUCUAUACCACAUCUCCAGUUCCGACAGAACAACGCGAAGGCCAAAUCGACUGGAUUGGCACCCAACGAGACAGUACGAGGAUUCACAUCCAGCGAUGUCAUCGCCGGCAUCUAUCGCGACAUCAAGACAGACAUCACACCACCUAGAAGUCGAAUCCAGAUUCAUGACGCCAUCGCAGUGGCUUCCAUGACAAUGAAGUGGCAUCACGAUCGCAGACACACGACGAGAUUCUUCAGUAUCGGAGACAGGGUGUACCUACACCUACACCAAGGAUAUCAAAUCCCCCAGGCAGCGAUCGUCGGCCGCAAGUACGGCAUGAGAUACGCAGGACCAUUCCGCAUUGUCGAACGCAUCGGAAGGGCGGCAUACCGGCUUCAGCUGCCGGCGACAUGGAGGAUCCACGAUGUCAUCUCAGUGGACCAUCUCGAACCAGCUGGGCGCAUCGAUCCAUUCGGCAGGGCGCUGCCAGACAUCCCGCCGGUCACGGAUGCAGACAAAAUUCAAGAUCACAUCAAAGCAUCACGGGAUACAUCCAGAGGUAAACAAUACCUGACAGCAUACCGACAUCUCGGAUCCGAGUACGACACUUGGCUGAGCGGACCCAAUGUCCAAGAGGAAGUUCUCAAGAAAUGGCAAGAGGAAGGUAGGAGCUGA